AUGGGUCGCGGGAAGAUCGAGAUCAAGCGGAUCGAGAACGCGACGAACAGGCAGGUGACCUUCUCCAAGCGCCGGGGAGGGCUGCUGAAGAAGGCCAACGAGCUGGCCGUGCUCUGCGACGCCCGCGUCGGCGUCGUCGUCUUCUCCAGCACCGGCAGGAUGUUCGAGUACUCCAGCCCUGCAUGCACCUUGAGGGAUCUCAUUGAGCAGUACCAGAACACCAGCAACAGUCAAUUUGAGGAGAUUAACCACGAUCAGCAAAUAUUUGUGGAGAUGACACGGAUGAGGAACGAGAUGGAGAAGCUGGAAAGUGGCAUCCGGAGGUACACCGGCGACGAUCUUGCCUCCCUCUCCCUCGCCGACAUCAAUGACAUAGAGCAGCAGCUUGAGUUCUCCGUCGCCAAAGUUCGCACAAGAAAGCAUCAGCUCCUAAACCAGCAGCUUGACAACUUGCGUCGCAAGGAGCAUAUCUUGGAAGAUCAGAACAGUUUCCUGUGCCGCAUGAUCAGCGAGAACCAGCAUGGCGUGGGCGGUGAGCCGAAGAUGGUGGGGAUGCCGCCGGUGCUGUCGAUGCUGACGCCGGCCUUCCCACCGACACCCUACUACGGUGGUGAGGAGUCGUCGAGCACGGCGCUGCAGCUGACAUCCCCGCAGCUGCAGCUCCAAGCCGCCGAAGCCGCUGGUUUCCGGCUGCAGCCGACGCAGCCCAACCUGCAGGACCCGGCCUGCAGCAGUCUCCACGCCGGCCACGGCCUCCACCUCUGGUAA